ACUACAAGCGAAGGUACUCUUUUGAGUGUGAUAGUGAAUUUAUGAGACAAUUAUUUAUAUAUUUUCCGCUUUCUUCAUUUUUAGAUGUUAAACAUUGUGCGCUGUUGCUAGGAUUGCACACAGUACUACCUCCAAUCGCAGCAGGAUCCCGAUACAAACCCACAAUCUGUACGGCCCAAGACGAUACCAUUGUCUUUGCAGAAUCUUUAGACGCAGCUAUAGAAAAAGUUCGAACAAUCUGUAUGGGCUACGAGGAACGCAAUCUACCAAUUGUUCCAAAAUUAAUUACUAUUGGAACAGAAGUAUCUCGAAUCGAUGGCCCAUUUUAUAUAUGGUAUAACGAAAUACUCUAUGAAGUGAACACAGCUGCAAGAGCAACGGACGUACUUCUAAAGCUGUCUGCAAUAUUCGGAUUACCUUUUUCGAAGGUGUCUAAGUUGGUGUGGCACUUCAUAAGCUCUUAUGCAUAUUCGAUCCGCCAGCGUGAGUCAUAUGCUGCAAUAAAUCGUCUGGAAAAGUAUCUGUCUGCUCAGCACAUAUCAUCAGUAACCAAAAAUGAUUAGUUGUAUGCUAUCUGACUGUAAGUUUAUAUUUUCUAAUGUAAGCGAUUAUUUCGAUCAUCUUAAAAAUUACCAUGUAGUACCAGUAGAUUAUCGGUAUAGAUGUACUGUAAUGAAUUGCAAUCAACUUUUUUCAAAGCUGUAUCCUUUUAAAAAGCACAUGAGCAGGCAUUCAAUAACAGGUUUAGCAACAGAAAGCUUUAGUCACCAGUCAAAUGAAUCGAAUCAUGAGAGCAGGGAAUCAAACUACAGCCAAAAUUCAAAUAAAAAACAAAAAGUUGAUUCAAAUGAACAAAAUACUCUUUCAAAAUACCUAUCUCCAACGUUUGAAGCGAUUGAUAAAUCAACGGCGGAUUUUACGUUAAGUAUGCAUAUGAAGAACAAUUUUACGCGCAAGGAUGUAUACGACAUUCAACGUAGAGUCUCAUUAAUCUUCAAAGAAGUUGCUUGCCAAAUGGAAUUGUUGGAUUUAAAGUUUGCAGAUCCUGAAAUUGAGUUUAAUUUUAAAUGUUAUCUCUCCAAACUUAAACAAAUGUUUUCUUUAAUCAGU